GGGGAGGAGUUAGCGGUCACCGCCGCUGCUUUAAUGGAUAUUAGACUGCCGCAGUCUCUUCGCCACGUGCGUAGCUAAUAUUAGGGUUUGUAGUUUGAUUUCCUACUCGGUCAUAUCGGACCGUGUAGACCGCAAACAGCUCGCUAUGGGCGGGGGGAACGAUAUAAAAAGCCAGUGACGCGAACAAGCCAAGCUUCAGCAGAGACUCCAUCGUCAGUAUGACCGGCCGGCCAGACGCUCCGCAGGACCGGGGCUGUGUCGUGGGAACCAUCUUCUUCAUCCUGGGCCUGGGAACGCUGCUGCCAUGGAAUUUCUUCAUGACGGCCUCGCUGUACUUCCAAGGUCGCCUCAACAGCACCGAGCUGAGCAACGGCACGGCCGAGCAGAAAGAGUAUUACUUCAACAACUGGAUGACCUUCCUGUCCCAGCUGCCCCUGCUGCUCUUCACCUUCCUCAACUCCUUCCUCUACCAGAGGAUCUCAGGGACCAUCCGUAUUGCCGGCAGCCUCGUCUUCAUCCUGCUGCUCUUCAUCCUCACAGCGGUGCUGGUGAAGGUGGAUAUGGACCAGGAUCUCUUCUUCUCAGUCACCAUGGCGACUAUCUGGUUCAUCAACUCGUUCGGCGCCGUCCUGCAGGGCAGCCUGUUCGGCCUGGUGGGGCUGCUGCCUCUCAAGUACAGCGCCGUCUUCAUGAGCGGCCAGGGCCUCGCGGGGACAUUCGCUGCCAUCGCCAUGCUGCUGUCCUUAGCCAGUGACGUGGACUCAGAGUCUGCAGCUCUGGGGUACUUCAUCACACCCUGCGUGGGGACCCUCAUCACUCUGUUCAGCUACCUGCUGCUGCCACGCCUGGAGUUUGCUCAGUAUUACCUGAACAGAAGCGGCAAAUACGAGGAGGGCACCACAGACAAGCUGCUGAACGAUGGGACCCCCGUGGAGACCCUGAAGCUAAACGGCCACGCUAACGGCUCGCUAACGGAUGUAAAGCCUGGCAGUGAGGCCGAGGGGGAAGCCUGUCCAGGAGGGACUAGGCAGGCGCGGGAUCCUGCAGGAAAGGCCUCCGUGUUGGAGGUCUUUAAGAAGAUUUGGGUGAUGGCGUUCUGUGUGACGUUUGUCUUCUCCGUCACUCUGUCCGUGUUCCCCGCCAUCACCGUAGACGUCCAAACGUCCUUCCCAGGAAAAUGGGAGCGCUACUUCAUCGCUGUGUGUUGCUUCUUGGUUUUCAACAUCAACGACUGGUUGGGCCGGACCGUCACCACCCUGAUCCACUGGCCUGGCAAAGACUCCCGUCUGUUCCCGCUGCUGGUGGUCUCCAGGGUGGUCUUCGUCCCUCUGCUGAUGCUCUGCAACGUCCAGAAGCGCUCCUACCUUCCUGUUUGGUUCUCCCACGACGCCGCCUUCACCGUCAUCAUGGCGCUCUUCUCUGUGUCCAGCGGUUACUUUGUGUGCCUCUCCAUGUCCUACGCCCCACAAUUGGUGGAGCCUAAAGAUGCAGAGACUGCAGGAGCCCUGAUGACCUUCUUCCUGGCGCUGGGCCUGUCCAUCGGAGGCGCCCUGUCCUUCCCCCUGCGGAGGCUGGUGUAGAACCACCAGAACGGACCCUGGGACGGCGCCACCCUCUCCAGAGAGGAGGACCCUGUCUGAUCGUGGGCUCAGCAUCCGUCUGUUCUCCCUCCCCACCCAUCAGUCGGAUGCUGCCUUAACUAAGAGCCUGAUCCCCCCCCCCCCGGGCAUGAAAUAGUUCCUGUCUUGGCAGCAAAUAGCAGCGAGGCGUCUGCAUGUUACUGUGAAGAGUUGUUUACCUGCUGCAGACGGGCUGGAAAAAGAUCUGGUCUAGGAGGCGUUUUUAAGCUUUUUAUCGUUGGUUAAACUGACUCAGCUCAGCGUGUAGCGUAGGGGACUUUAGGUCGUUUCUGACGCAGUAAGGCCUUUCAGUGGAGAAGUCUUUGUUUUUGUUACUGAUACUUUUCUAUUUGUACCUCACGUGACACAUUUUGUACUGAACGGCGUUGUGUUUGCCUGGCGGUGCGUCGCUGGACCGGCUUCAGCAGCACGAACGGACCCAAGAUCAAAGUGAACAAAUGUUUUUAUUUAAAUCAGAAAGCGUCAGAUGGUGACUUUCAUGGCCAGGAGAGCCAAACGCUAAAUCCAGCAGGGCUGCUCAACCUGCUGGAUUCAUGGAGUCUCUCCACUAAGGCGCAUACUGCCACCUACUGGUCAAAAGGUGUUGUCUCAGUCUAGUUUUAGUUCUUACCGGUGAGGUGGUGGGGUUACAGUCCAGACAACCAUGACUACAUGCUGUCCCAGCCUGCAGGACGGGGCUCCUAAACAGUUUGCAUUUAAGAACGCCAGGCACAGAUCUCCACAUUUUAUUGAGUUUUUAUGUCUAAUAGCAAAAAUAUGAAAAGCAAUUGGGUUUUAUUCACUGUCGAUUCCUCGGUUUGUGGAAGAAAAUGGGCCCACUGGACCUGGCUCCUCAUAAAGGACCAUUCCAGUCUACAUUGGCUCUGUUUAAACUGCAUUAUUUACAGCAUGGUUUGGCAUUUUAGCCAGAACCGACGUAGGAAGCACAGGUUUCAAUACAUUUGGAAAAAGGCCAGCAGAAGUAUUGGAAUGAGUGUGUAUUUGGUCAAUAUAAUACAAUAUGGAAUAGAAAGUCUGGAAAAGGCCGUGAUUACUUCCACCUGAGUUGUUUUUCCAGACUUUAGAGACGCUGUAGGAGCUGGGUGAACGCUCAGAGAUGCUGCAUCCUGGUGUUAACGCAACCAUACGGACAAAUCUACAGCAGUGUUUUUUUUUCUGUAAAACCAUUUAAGGUGUUUAUGUUCACAUUACAGUUGACAGCGUCUGCUUCAGUGUGGUUUUUCCAAAAUAAACUUGUGUAUUAUCUGAUUUUGGUGAUUUCUGCCGUUACAUCCAUUCAACGUGAAAUGGACCAGCAGUUAGACCUCAGAGCGGCCCUAAAGUUGAUGAACUGGAAGCAUGUAACCCAGCUAAACAGACUCCUGUUGUUCUGGAGGAGGUUUACGGUUCUGCCUGGCUCCAUGCAUGACCCAUGAAGGUUUUGGCUGCCCCUCUCCUGUACGUCGUCUCUGCUCCUGCUGCACCAGUGUCCACAUCAACCCAACGCAUGGGGCUGGUUGCAGGCAAAGGAGUGACCCGCUGACCCGUGGCAGCCGUGUCUCUGUACCCAUGAGUGCCAAUAAAUGGAUCCCAGCA